AUGGUGAAAAAUAUUUAUUUCAAUGUUAUAUUGAUACUUAAUUAUUUUCUUUACAGAGGAUAGGUACUGCCCACGGAGAAGAACUUCCAUAUAUGUUCGGCGCUCCAAUGGUAACUGAUGGCAUGAAUCAUUUUUCCAGAAAUUUUACAAAAGCAGAAGCUUUAUUGUCUGACGCUAUGAUACUCUACUUGGGAAACUUCGCAAGAACUGGGGAUCCGAACGAUCACGACGAUAAGCCCGAUUCCGGGUCCAAAGAGCGGAACAGGUUUCGAAGCGUCACGUGGGAUGAAUAUGAUCCGGUGCAUCAAAAGUAUUUAGAAAUAAGCAUGAAGCCCCGGAUGAAGAACCACUUCCGGGCGCACCAGCUGUCCGUGUGGCUGAGGCUCAUACCGGAACUGCACCGGGCCGGCAUGGAGGACGUGAUGCUGCGGCACAACCUGUUCCGGAACCAUGACGAUGCGGAACUGUAUGAGGGCGUGGUGAGGCCGGACCCGCUGUCCAGGCGCGCACCGCAGCGAGCAACAGUCAACCGAUUCACGGCCAACGGCACGGUGGCAGAGGUGGUGCAGUCGCUGACGACCACGGGCCGGCCGCAGUGGCCGGCGGCUGAAGCGACCACGUGCCUGCCACCGGUGCGAGGCUCGAACUCGGCCAACGCGUCCACGUCGGCCGAAGACGCGCUGGCCACACUGGGUGCGGCCGGUUACGCGGCCUACUCGACAGCACUGCACGUGACUAUCGCGCUAGGCGUGUCGCUGCUGGUGCUCAACGGCCUACUGCUGGUGAUCAUAUGCUACCAGAAGGAUAGGUUUAAGUGUUUGCAAAGUCACCAGCAGCACCAACACCAGCAGACGGUCGGCGGCCAAGAGGAUUCAGUCAGGUACAAGGCGGCCACCGUUCCGGACGACCGACUGCAGCAAUCGGCCACGGUGGCAGUCGACAAGGCGGGUGGUUACGACGGGCGCCAUCAUCACCUGCAGCACCAUCACCAUCCACCGGCUCAGCAGAUGCACUUGGCAGCGGACGCAGUGGCUGUGGACAUGGAACAGAGGCAUCACCACCACCACGGGGCUGGCGGUCACCAUCAGCACCACCACAUGCACCACCAUCACGUGCCGACCGUCGUAGGGGGGCAGCAUCCACCGCCGCCUCAAACGACCGGGACGAUGACGACGACGACGCAACAACAACAACUGUCAGCGGCCACAGCGGCGGUGCGACGUGACGACAUGACGUUCCCGAAGGCGGCCAAACCGUCGUCCAGACUGCUACACGACCACCAGGUCGGUGGCGGGGGUGGCUGCCCGCCCAACGGGUCGCUGGUGCACGGCACGCUGCCCAAACCGCCUCCGCCGCCCCGGUCCUCGGUGGGGGUGCAGUCGCAGGAGUCGCAGCCGCUGCUCGUGCAGCAGGGCGUGGGCAUCGGUCAGAUGCCCAAAACCGGUACGCUCAAGAUGCCCGUGGCCGCCAUGAGCGAAAUGAGGGUCUGACCGUCAUCGCUGCGGUCACUUCUGCUGCACCUGCAGUCGCCGCGCUCGUGCCGAUCGGCGCGGUCCGCGUGCAUAAUAAUAUUAUAAUGUUAUGAAAUACGGCGGUUGUCGUAGUCCGUCGUCGUGUCCGUUGCGGUUGUGGUUGUGGUUGUGGUUGUGGUUGUGGUUGAGGUUGUGAUCGCAGAAAAUAAAAUUAUACAGUUAUUAUGUAUUUCACUUAAUAUUUUUGAAUUGAAAAUACUUACGGCUUAACGUGUGGCCGAGCUGGUUCAAAGCACCCGCAAAUGACUGGUCGUUACUCUCGUUUUGCCUAUAUUCGUACCGCGGGCUCUGAUACCGCCGCCGCAUACCACCGUUCACGGCAUCAUUACCAUGUAAAUAAUAAUAACAUAAUUAUUAUAACAUAUUAACUGGUUUAUUAUUAUUGUGUUGUGUUACGCGCAUUGUUCGUCACUAUUGUAGUAGCUAUAAACGAUAUUAUAAUAUUAUUAUGUUUUGUUCGUUUUAAUUAGGAUAGUCUAAUAAUAAAUUAUCGUAUUAUGUUAUUAUUCUAAUAGAUGUAUUAACUGUAAUAAUGUAAUCGAUCGCGUUUGACUGUACGCCAAUUUAUUGUGAUUUUGUAGUCCUGUUGUUUUUACUGUGAAAUUUGACUUAAGAGGAGAUGGAUCCCUGCCGAGAGUUUUAUGCCCGUCAGCGGUCAACAGCGACGAUAAAUUGGUCAAAUUGUAGUCGAAGACCUGUAACGAUAUUAUUAUAGGUUAUUGGUUUUUGUUCUGCACUGUAAACGACGUGUCUCGACUUGUUUGCAAUUAUUUAAAUUUUCAAAAAUAUAAUUAUGGAUAGUAAUGAUGAAACCGCGUGCUGUAGUUCCGACGACUGUGUAAUAUGUUACCUUUAGACUUUAGACAAUCCAAAAAAUGAUAUAAUAUCUAAAAGUCGUUUGCUAAAUCGUUUACUAGAUAAUAUAUUAUUAUGUCGAGCAGAAAGUAAGACGCACAUCCUUAUAUCCCACAAUUUCAUCGUUUGUACUGGGAUUUAUGUGGAGACUCUGGUGGGUUUAUCGUUUGGCUGAAAAAAAACAACAUCAGCUGCUGAUCUACUCGCUCUCAAAUCAAACCGUAGAGCUUCUGCUCAACAAAUGCGAUACGACAACUCGUUGAACAAUUAUACGUAAUUAUUACAAUAUUAAAAAGAGUCGAUGCUAAUAUCUAUAACAUAUAACUGCGGGAAGAAUUAAAAAUAGAUAAAUAUAUAUUAUAAUAUUGUUUUGGAAUAAUAUGUUUGGGUAGUUGAUAAAAAAUUAACCCCCGUAAAAGUUUCUAGAUGUAAUAAAUUAAUAAUGCAUACCUAGGUAUACGGUUUUAACUGUUUGGCUAAGCUUUUUUACAAUCUUCGAUUGAUAUUAUAGUUUAAACAAAUAAAAUGUCUAAACUAAAUUGAUAUAUGAUAAAUUAUAAUAUACAUUAUUGGCUCCGCUUCUAGUUUAAAAUUUGUAAUUAAAAUCUGACAUUAUAUUUUAUAAAUAAUAAAUCGUUUUCCCGUCAAUGUCGUAGAAUACAAUAAUUUCGUUCAGAGUUUAAAUCGUCCAUCAUUACAAUCGCAUCUGUUUAAUUAUCAAUCACAUAUUAUUAUUAUUAGUAUUAUUAUUAUUAUUAUUAUUAUUAUUAUUAUCAAGUAGACAAUAGUUUCGCGCACUGCACGAAUUUCCGGUGCAUUACUCCGUGUACGCCUGUCAAAAAUAUAAUGUUAUUAAUGCUUCUAUAAUUUCAGAGUAAACUAAACCGGACACACAUUAGCAAAUAGAAUAUCAUUUCGAAUAAUACCUAUGCCUACACGCAGUUGAGGAGACUUAACUGACAUUUUAAAUGAAGCAAUUUUAUAUUAAGUAUUUACCUACACCUUAACAUUAUGCAUUAAUUACCUAUAAAACAACGUUAGACCUUAUAACAUAUGGCAUAUUAUAACAUAUUAUUAUACCUUAUGGCCUUACCUUAUAACAUAGACUUUCGGGCCACUACUAACUGCGGCUACACUUAGACAACAAGCGUAUUUUUAAGGAAACAAUAUAAUUAGCACGAUCGACACAAUAUCUCAAAAUCGAGUCAAUAAUAUCGUAUAAUAGGUGGGGUGUAUCAUAUUAGAUGAAAAUAUGAUAUUAUCCUAUUUUACUAAUGUUGUAGUUUGUACUCAGUACAGUUAACGUCGAUGUACGAUUGCUAUUAUAGGUAACAUCGAUUCACUCCGCUGCGUUUGGCUUUAGUUACAAACAUUGUUUUCAAACAAUGUUUACCACCAUUGUAUAAUUUUAUUUCACUUUGAGGGUUGCGCGGACAGAGAAAAAAAAAAGGUGAUUUAUAUUAAUGAGUUAUUCGUUUGCGCUCCGCGGACGAAUAAGGACUCACGCUACGACGCUACGACUAAACUAUAUUAUAAGCUACCAGUAAAAAUAAAUAAUUACAAAAUUAAUUUAAAUAAUUGCAUCGAUUCUGACUGCUGGAGUCCACGAGCCGCCUAUUUCUGGACAUUUCGUUUCAUUGUACAUAAUUUUAUAAGACGCAUAUUAAAACUUUUCAUUUCGUCAUAAUAUUUGUCUCAUCGUCGACAUUACAUGUAUUAUUAUAUAUUUUAUUGUAAUUAUCGUAUUAGUUUAUAUUUAUAGUAUUACCACAUUUUAUUUUGUAUAAAAAUCUUGACGUUUUUUCAGAGUAAAUUAUUUACCUAUACUACCUGUAUGUUCACGUUUAGCAAAAAAUGGCCCCAAAAUAUAAUUUAUUGAUUUCUAGAAUCUAUCAUAAUAUUUAACGUUACCUAAUGUCAUACACUCUAUAAACAU